GAAGCAGUACAGCUUGCUCAUCCGAUCCGUGUAGUUCAGAGAGAGUGUGUCAUGUUACAGAGAAGCCAGGAUCAGCCACAGUGCAACUCCAAAGCAGUUGAGAAUUACCUCUCUCUAAUGGGGACUUUCAUGUGCAAUCUCUUAACCACUCUGCUAAGGAACUGAAACUGAUAAACCUAGAGGGAGAGGAAAAGAACAACAAACAAAAAAGACUGAAAGACAUAAACUGAUCUGAUUAUUUUCCCCAAAAUUUUUCUGGAGUUGGAUCCUUUCUUUUUUUAAAUCACUUUUUUCCCCCUUUUUAUCCAUACAAUUUUGUUGUUGUUGUUAUAAUUUCUAUUAUUCAGUGGCAUUGGGAUUCCCUCGGACGCUACUCUUCCAUGAAUUCUGGAUUGUUCUUGGAGUGGGAUUGAAACUUUAUUUAUUCUAUUUAUUUAUUUAUUGUUUCUCAGGACAGGGAGGGAAUGUUGGAGGAGAAGGUCUGGAAAGGUGCUAGCAAUGGUGCCUUUGACAGGGGGUGCAUUGCUUCCCCCAGGACAGGGGAUGGAGAAAGAUGCUGCAGGUUUCCUCUACUGCUGGGAUCUGGGCUUCCAGGGGUGUCUUUGAUUUCUCUGGUGCUGAGCCUCCUGCUAUACUUUAGGACAUCAGACCUGCAAUCCAGGGUUUCACAUUUGGAAGCAGACAGAUGCACUCAGCUCCCUGCCUGGCUCUCUGCAGACCAAAUGGAGACAGCUAUUUUGGGAAGAGUUGACCAACUGCUUGAUGAGAAAUUAAAGUUCAACUUGCCGAGACAUCGAGAAGUUCGAGAUAUCCACCAGAGGUGCAAUUGCCCAGCAGGACCUCCUGGCCCUACAGGAAGACCAGGGCUUCCGGGAGACAAAGGCGCCAUGGGAAUCCCUGGAAGACCGGGACUAAAGGGGCAACCCGGAGAGAAGGGAACCCCUGGAGAAGCAGGCAUGUCCAUCAUCGGUCCCCGAGGCCCUCCCGGACAGCCUGGAACGAGAGGUUUUCCUGGAUUUCCGGGCCCGAUUGGUUUGGAUGGCAAACCGGGCCAUCCUGGACAGAAGGGGGAGAUGGGUGUUGCUGGUCCCAAGGGACAGCCGGGACCUCCAGGACAAAAAGGAGAAAAGGGCCAGUGUGGAGACUACCCACACAGGCUGUUGCCUCUCCUCAAUUCAGUGCGGCUGGCUCCACCCCCGGUUAUAAAGAGACGCACUUUCCAGGGUGAACAAGGACAGGCGGGGAUUCAAGGUCCGCCAGGGCAACCUGGUCCACCAGGGCCAACUGGACCAUCUGGACCAGCAGGAAAUCCAGGACAACCUGGCCCUGUUGGGCCACCUGGCAAAGCAGGGGAGCCUGGAAAGGCAGGCAAGGAUGGAAAGGGUUUACCUGGACCCCCUGGACCAAAGGGAGACCCUGGAAUUCAAGGAUACCAUGGGAGGAAGGGUGAGGUGGGUGAGGCUGGCCUACCAGGUGCACCUGGCCUUCCUGGACCUAUUGGCCCCAAGGGUGAAAAGGGGGACACUGGCGUGAAGGGGGAGAGGGGCAUGCCAGGGCUGCCAGGAAAACAUGGAGCUAAGGGGGAGAAGGGAAGAGCUGGUGAUCCUGGGCUUCCUGGAUUCCUAGGACAGAAGGGAGAGAAGGGAGAUGCUGGCAAUGCACUCGGGGGAGGUAAAGGGGAACCCGGACACCCGGGACUACCUGGGCCUCCAGGACCAAAGGGGGAAGCUGGUGACAUUGGCCAGACUGGAAUUGCAGGACCGCAGGGGGAAAAGGGAGAACCUGGAGCACCCGGAGAAGAGGGGCCUGUUGGUCCAAGGGGUCCCAAAGGGGAGCCAGGAAAGGAUGAAAUGGUGGAUUAUGAGGGUAACAUCAACGAAGCUCUACAGGAAAUACGAACCUUGGCCCUGAUGGGACCUCCUGGACUUCCAGGAGUAGCUGGGCCCCCAGGGCUACCAGGACAGAAGGGUGAAAUUGGUUUACCGGGUCCUCCUGGACACGAUGGAGAGAAGGGGCCACGUGGUAAAUCAGGAGAGGUGGGGCCUCCUGGUCCCCAAGGGCCCCCAGGAAAGGAGGGACCUCCUGGAGUGAAGGGAGAGACUGGACUUAUGGGGACCCCAGGAGCAAAGGGGGAAAAGGGGGAGGCAGGAGAAGCUGGCUCUCCGGGUCUUGAUGGCCCAACUGGGGAGAAAGGAGAACAAGGUGACCAAGGGAUACCAGGACCUUCAGGAUUACCGGGUCUAAUUGGACUUCCAGGACUGACAGGAGAAAAAGGAGAACCUGGUGAGGAUGGGGAAAAAGGAAACCCAGGGGACUCAGUAUCGGGGCCACCCGGGCCCCAAGGCCCACCAGGUGCUGCAGGUCUUCAAGGCCUUCCAGGACCGAAGGGGGAAGCAGGGAUUGAUGGAAUGAAAGGAGAGAAGGGUGUCCAGGGUGAGAAAGGAGACCGAGGUCCACUGGGAUUGCCCGGUGCUUCAGGUUUAGACGGCAGGCCUGGACCACCGGGUACUCCAGGACCAAUUGGAGCUCCAGGACCAGCAGGACCAAAAGGGGAAAGGGGCAGUAAAGGUGACCCUGGAAAUGCAGGACCAAUGGGGCUAGCUGGGCUUCCUGGUUUACAAGGCCCAUCUGGUGACAAAGGAAACCGGGGGGAGAGGGGCAAGAAAGGCUCUAGAGGGCCUAAAGGGGAUAAGGGAGACCAAGGAGCGCCUGGAUUAGAUGCACCCUGUCCAUUGGGGGAAGAUGGCUUGCCAGUUCAGGGCUGCUGGAAUAAGUGAUGAUUCUAACCAUGGACUGGCCUGUGUGUGUUUUGUACAUAGAAUAUUUAUUUUUAUACAAUGUUCUUUUCUGAAAUGCCAAGAAGUUAUACAUUUUACAAAUUAUCAAAAGCUGCAUAUAUUUUGUACAGAAAAUACUAAAUUUCCCUUUUUCUGUUUGUCAAUCCUUUAUAUAAUUCUGUGUCUAUCUUAUGCUUAUAUUGUUGUGAAGUCCAGCUGUAAUAUUUGCAUGAUAUUUGUGCACACUUGAUAAGUAUUGGAACUUAAUAAAUUAUUGCAUUCAGGUGCCAAAAGGAACUGUCCUGUAUAGAUCUGAAGGUCAUUUCCCUUGCCAAAUCGGGAGAAGUAAAGAAUAUUUGAAGUAUUAUGGAUCUUAUUAUUAAAAUUAAAUAUGACAAUGUUAUCUUUUUGUGAAUAAACUAUGGUGUUGCUGGGGAAAGCCUGGGGCAGCCAGCAAUGCUAUUAAAAUGAAGGACUUCUAUUUAUUACAUCAGUUUAGAGCAUAAGGACUUUCUUACUCAGUUUUCCAUA